CCUACGCGAUGGUGACUCUGGGCGCGGAGGGUGGCUAUGGGAGAGCCCUCAGAUCGCAGCAGCGUGAAGGCGGGGAGCGCAGCGGGCGGCGGGCGGGGACUUUCUCCUCGACCUCGGCACCCAGAGAAGCGGCUCAACCACCUGAACCCCGAAAACGCCAACAAGUAGUUUCUCCUUUGAGAAGGGCGGCUCAGCUGGCCGCAGAGACUCCGUCCGGCUGCAGGGAAAACCUCGUCCACUCGGAGACCCAAGAAGAUCCACUUUUCUCCCUGUCUCCUUAAGUCAUGUCUGAGCCACAGAGAUGGGCAAGAUCGAGAACAACGAGAGGGUAAUCCUCAAUGUCGGCGGUACCCGGCACGAAACCUACCGCAGCACCCUCAAGACCCUUCCCGGAACUCGCCUGGCCCUCCUUGCCUCCUCUGAACCUCAGGGCGACUGCCUGACCGCCGCGGGUGACAAGCUGCAGCCGCUGCCCCCUCCUCUCUCUCCGCCGCCGCGACCGCCUCCCUUGUCCCCUGUCCCCAGCAGCUGCUUCGAGGGCGGCGCGGGCAACUGCAGUUCCCACGGUGGCAACGGCAGCGACCACCCUGGGGGAGGCCGCGAAUUCUUCUUCGAUCGCCACCCAGGCGUCUUUGCCUAUGUGCUCAACUACUAUCGCACGGGCAAGUUGCACUGCCCCGCCGACGUGUGCGGGCCGCUCUUCGAGGAGGAGCUGGCCUUCUGGGGCAUCGACGAGACCGACGUGGAGCCCUGCUGCUGGAUGACCUACAGGCAGCACCGUGACGCGGAGGAGGCACUGGACAUCUUCGAGACGCCGGACCUCAUCGGGGGCGACCCUGGUGACGACGAGGACCUAGCGGCCAAGAGGCUGGGCAUCGAGGAUGCUGCGGGGCUGGGAGGACCCGAUGGCAAGUCUGGUCGCUGGAGGAGGCUGCAGCCCCGCAUGUGGGCCCUCUUUGAGGACCCCUAUUCAUCCAGAGCCGCCAGGUUUAUUGCUUUUGCUUCUUUAUUCUUCAUCUUGGUGUCCAUCACAACCUUUUGCCUGGAGACACACGAAGCUUUCAAUAUUGUUAAAAACAAGACAGAGCCAGUCAUCAAUGGCACAAGUGCUAUUCUCCAGUAUGAAAUCGAAACGGAUCCUGCCUUGACGUAUGUAGAAGGAGUGUGUGUGGUGUGGUUUACUUUCGAAUUUUUAGUCCGUAUUGUUUUUUCACCCAAUAAACUUGAAUUCGUCAAAAAUCUCCUGAACAUCAUUGACUUUGUGGCCAUCCUCCCCUUCUACUUGGAGGUUGGACUUAGCGGACUGUCCUCCAAAGCUGCUAAGGAUGUGCUUGGUUUCCUCAGGGUGGUUAGGUUUGUGAGGAUCCUGAGAAUCUUCAAGCUCACGCGCCAUUUUGUAGGUCUGAGGGUGCUUGGACACACUCUUCGUGCAAGUACCAAUGAAUUUUUGCUUCUGAUCAUUUUCCUGGCUCUAGGAGUUUUGAUAUUUGCUACAAUGAUCUACUAUGCUGAGAGAGUGGGAGCUCAGCCUAAUGACCCUUCAGCUAGUGAGCACACACAGUUCAAAAACAUACCCAUUGGUUUCUGGUGGGCUGUGGUGACCAUGACUACCUUAGGCUACGGGGAUAUGUACCCGCAAACAUGGUCAGGGAUGCUGGUGGGGGCCUUGUGUGCUCUGGCUGGAGUGCUGACAAUAGCCAUGCCUGUGCCUGUCAUUGUCAACAAUUUUGGAAUGUACUACUCCUUGGCAAUGGCAAAACAGAAACUUCCGAGAAAAAGAAAGAAACACAUCCCUCCUGCCCCUCUGGCAAGCUCACCUACGUUUUGCAAGACAGAGUUAAAUAUGGCUUGCAACAGUACCCAGAGUGAUUCAUGUCUGGGGAAAGAAAACCGACUUCUGGAACAUAACAGAUCAGUGUUAUCAGGUGACGACAGUACAGGAAGUGAGCCGCCAUUAUCACCUCCAGAAAGACUCCCCAUCAGACGCUCUAGUACCAGAGACAAAAACAGAAGAGGGGAAACGUGUUUCCUAUUGACGACAGGUGAUUACACGUGUGCUUCUGAUGGAGGGAUCAGGAAAGGAUAUGAAAAGUCCCGAAGCUUAAACAACAUAGCGGGCUUGGCAGGCAAUGCUCUGAGGCUCUCUCCAGUAACAUCACCCUACAACUCUCCUUGUCCUCUGAGGCGCUCUCGGUCUCCCAUCCCAUCUAUCUUGUAAACCAAACUGCAUCAACCGGCUAAAUUAUAUCAAUACAAGUACUGUUUACCCUGUAAUGGAAAUAAUUAAAUGUAGAGUUUCUCCAGGCUCCAUUAAUACAGUCUAAAUUCUGCAUGGUAUUACUAUUUGAAGUCAGAAAUGCUACUUGAGUAGCUAAAACAUCUUAUUCUGGCUUUAAAGAUGAUCUGAAGUAGUGCUACUACUCAGUAUGAAUUGCCCCCAAUUUCCUUUUGCAAUACAGUGACCAAUAGUGUCAGAUAUUGGCCAGUACACUAAUGCAUAACCAUAUCUUCAGGGAGAUAUACUUAAAUAGUGUGCUUCUAAAUGCCAACCACUCCACUGGACUUUCAUUUCUUGUGACUCCAAACCGUUCUGAAGAUGUCUGGGAUUCUAUCUAGAUUGCACACAACAUGACUUUGGUCAGUUCAUUUGCAUGGACCAUCUUGUCUGUAAUCACCUGAAUACAAUGUUGUAGAGUCCUGGGACUGGAUGGCUCAGGAUAUGUGCUCUUGCUUCAAACCAUCCUGCCAAUGUGAAAGCACUGGUCGCCUGUUCUGCAUGUUGAAUUGUGGGGCAGGGAGGGUGCCCUUCUCCUUGGUAUUUCCCUCCUAUUCUUUGAUAGAAAUAUUUGUUUUAAAUAGCUUAAUUUCUUGAUUGAUUAAUUUGUCUUUGAAAAUGCUGUAUUGGUGUUCUGAAUGUUUUUGGUUGUUUGUACACACAGAUAACUGCAAAGAGGUUGUCAUUACUGGUUACACGCAAGCCGAGGCCAGAUCUCUUACUUAAUGACUUGGGGAAGGCACAAAACAUGACAGAAAGGUAACUGCUAGCCAGGCUUGCAUUGUUUAGCCAGGAAUUGCUGCUUGGUAAUAGAGCCAUUUCCCCCGCUAUAAGUCCUACAAUUUGUCAUUAUUUUCAGAGAUAGAGCACUAAAUAUUACCCAAAGGUCUCGUGUGUUUUUAUUUAUGAUUUUGUGUGAACAUCAAAGGUUACUGGUGUUCAAUGGAGGAUUGCUUGUUUGUUUGUUUGUUUGUUUUGGAAUAGCCUUAAAAUUUGCAUCAAAGGACUAACCAGACUUUUCAUGCUGUGUUUAAUCAGGUGCUUUGUCCUAUGUCUUGUUUCUGUCUGUCUUAGCUCCCUGUCUUAACCGCAUACGCCACCUGUCUCCAUAGAGGGUAGACGUGCCCUGAUGGGCUCUUUAAACUUAGUACUGAUCUCCCUACCUCCUGCCCCCUGUCUUCUUUGCUACUUGGAGCAGCCUCUCUGCUUUGUAUAUACAUUAAUGAUGCUCUGUAGACUACCUAAAUUACUAGGCACUGUGAAUCUUUUUGGAUGAGCAGGACUGAAGCAGCAAUCUCACCAUAGGACUUGGUUGCCUACUGCAGUGUUGGUUUUUACUACCUAGCAACCAGCAUUCAUCACUACAUUCCAGCAAUCAUCCCUAGGGAGUCUUCUGCAGUCUGGAGGGAGGAUAGUCUGUUUACACAUCCCUACCAAAUGCCAUAGCAAUAGUGUGUCUGAUAUUUUGGGUGUGUGAGGGAAGAAAAAUGCCAUAAUAUAAUUGCAGCAUAGACAACACUACUUUUGAUGCAUUGAUCCUUAAGAUUGUUGAUGAAUUCUUAAUCCUCUUGUUUAUUUUUGAUAGGAAGACAAUUGUCAGUUUUGCUAUUGGCUAAAGAUAUGUGUUAUUCCCAAGCCAUAGAGCAUGAGCUGCAUGUCAGAGAUCGUGUACAACAAUGCAUUUACCCAGACGUAGCUAUCUGAGAUUUAGAGAUACUGUGAUUCUUUUGAUAACACCACACAUAGAAUGCUAUAACUACUCAGAGGUUUAUGGUAAAGAAUUAAUAUGCUGUCUGGUGCUGCUGUUAUUGACUGCAGUGUUGUACAGAAUUUAUCAUGGAUUUUUGACUGCUGAAAAAGGGGCAGUGAGAUUUAGCCAUACCAAGGAUUGUACUGGAAACUUCUGAUACCGAAUGUGCCCUGAUGUGACCAGUUUAUGCUCAGAAGAGGUCCCGCACCUUCGUGAGGCAUUGAAAGUUUGUAAAGGAAUGGAGGCUGGAAUUGAAAUGGUGCUUGCCAUGGAAAUAUUCUGCUUUUCGACUGACCAGUGUCCAGGAAAGAACUGUAAAUACCAACGUGUGCACGGGUCAAGCGCUCUGACAAUCUCAUAGCACAGGAAGCCAAGUUUGUGAUCAACAUCUUUGAAGCUUCAAGUAAUGCUCACGAGGCUUUGAACGGCUCCUCUCCGGCUCAUGGUGGUUUUGCUGAGAAUUACAGAAGCAGCGAAUCUGAUGUAGUAUAGGUCUGUUUUCGUUUCUCUUAUUUGUACAUUACGUGCUGGAUACACAAACACUGACUGCCUCAUUUUCUUGCAAACCACUUAUAUAUCAGCUUGUCAACUGUGUUGUAGACUUUUAGUAUCUCCACAUAAAAUCUAAUUCAUUUUUAGUCAUGUAUUCAUUUAGUUCUGGAAAAGUGUUACUAUCUACAAGAAAUUUACCAACAGUAUUCAUAGUUUAAGUCUUUUGUCAUUGUUACCUCAAUUAUAAAUAUUAAAAUAUAAAUUCUGGCAAUGAGAAUAUUUUUUUAUUAAAUGAUCAAGGAAAAUGUCAGUAUAUAGUAGAAUAUUAUCAAAUUAUAUCCUAAAAUGUCUAUUUUGCAUAAAAGAGAUAUUCUUCAAUCAAUUCCUUUUUUGUGAGCUUUGUGGCUAAUGAAGCGUGUAUUUGUCUUUAACACUGCUGUAGCUGAAACUGUAUAAGAGUUUUUCAUCUUGCUUAAUCAAUGUUUCCAGAAUUGACUAGUUGCCCUGGGAUUCUGAAUAUACUAUAUAACCUAAUUAUGAACUCCCUGUAUUGUGUACCUUUUGUGACAUCUCAAGGUGCAUGCCUGACCUUGGUGAUAAACCAAUGGACGUGUUACUAGCUUAAAUGAAGAAUAAAAGGCAAAUCAGCUGGGGAUAAACUUGAAUCCUAUCUGAUUAAAUUAUUCCUAUCA